ACUUACUCUUAAGUACAUGUUUGGACAUCCAUUAAACAAAUGUUAAACAUGCAUUUAAGCAAAUCCAACUCUCAAUUAGAGAAUGGUAGACCAGGGAACUCUUUCCACACACAUGCCCAUAGUGUGACUAAUUUUUUUGCUUUGUUUAUUGUAAUAAAAGUUGACACGGAAUCUUCAAAGAGAUAAGUUUGUUGGGGGUUGAGGCAUAACAUUUUUGUUGACAUUUGCAUCUUAGUCCUCCCCCCAUACAGUACUCACAUCUCACUCCCUUCUUAUAAAGUACCUUAACCUUGUUAAUUUUAAUUCCACACACUCAUCCAAAUUAAUUCAUUGUAACUCAAACACACAUACAAACUCUUUUUCUCUCUCUUUCUAACUUUCUCUCUUCUCUCUCUAAUGGAGUUUCUCUCCGUACUCUAUGUUUUCACAAUAAUGCACUUGUGUUUCCUGAUCUGGAAAUUCUUUGAUCAGAGAAGGGACCAAGAGUGUUACAUAUUAAGCUACCAAUGUUACAAGCCAGGUGAUGAAAGAAAGCUUGGAAGUGAUCUUUGUGGAAAGAUCAUAGCACACAAUGAGUAUAUUGGUCUGAAUGAGUGCAAGUUCUUCCUCAAAGCCAUUGUCAACUCAGGUAUUGGCGAGGAAACUUACGCUCCAAGAAACUUCAUCGAAGGCCGAGCUGUAAACCCGACAUUGCAUGACGAAAUCUCCGAGAUGGAAGAGUUCUGUCACGACAGCAUUGCAAAGCUUCUUAACAAAUCAGGCAUUUCGCCUUCGGAGAUCGAUGUUCUCGUGGUAAAUGUAUCUUUGUUCUCUUCUAUUCCUUCUUUAACUUCAAGAAUCACUAACCAUUACAAAAUGAGAGAGGACAUAAAAGCUUAUAACCUCGCCGGUAUGGGUUGUAGUGCUAGUCUUAUCUCAUUAGACAUUAUUCAAAACAUUUUCAAGUCACAGAAAAACAAGUAUGCUCUUUUGUUGACUUCAGAGUCUCUCAGCACAAACUGGUAUUCAGGCAACAACAGGUCAAUGAUCCUAGCUAACUGUCUCUUUCGCACCGGCGGAUGCGCUAUUCUUCUCACAAACAAAAGAUCCUUAAAGCACAAAGCUAUACUGAAACUAAAGUGCUUAGUCCGAACUCAUCACGGCGCGAGAGACGACGCGCAUAACUGUUGUAGCCAAAAGGAAGACGAACAAGGCCGCCUCGGUUUUUACCUAGCGAAAGAUCUCCCGAAAGCGGCGACACGAGCUUUCGUCGAUAAUCUAAGAGUAUUAUCACCAAAAAUCUUACCAGCUAGAGAACUACUCAGGUUUCUGCUCAUGUCAGUCAUAAAAAAGGUAACAAAGUUUCAUGUCCCUAAGUCAGCAGCAGGUGCUGGUGCAACAAUGAACAAAUCGCCACUGAAUUUCAAAACCGGUGUUGAUCAUUUCUGCCUCCACACAGGAGGAAAAGCGGUGAUCGACGGAAUCGGAAUGAGCUUAGAUCUGAGUGAAUACGAUCUUGAGCCAGCAAGAAUGUCCUUGCAUAGAUUUGGAAACACAUCAGCUAGUAGCUUAUGGUAUGUGCUAGGGUAUAUGGAAGCAAAGAAGAGGCUGAAAAAAGGUGAGAGAGUGUUGAUGAUAAGUUUAGGUGCUGGCUUUAAAUGCAAUAGCUGUUUGUGGGAGGUGAUGAGAGAUGUUGGUGAUAGGAAUGUGUGGGACGAUUGCAUUGAUAACUAUCCACCACAUUCAUUGGCCAACCCAUUCAUGGAGAAGUACGGUUGGAUUAAUAGUAUUCAAGAUGCAGACACUUUCAGACAAAAACUUGCUGAGUAUUUUCUCAAGUAAUGUUAAGUUAAGUUAACUUCAUUUUCAUUAUUAUUUAUUUACAUAUAAUAUAAGAUACUAGUACUACUUUACAUGUGUAGUGUUGUAUCUGAUUUUUACAGAAAGUGAAGAAAAAAAAAUGAAGACUAGUUUUUAGAAUUCACCUCUUAUCAUUACUAUCAUGCUUAUUGUGCUUACAAUUUUUUCUGUUCCCACAAGGGUUCUACCCAAUAAGGUGUUUUGGUUAUGAAUUCUAUAUGAAAUAAAUGCUGAAACCUAUCAUAGUACUUGUUGUUUGAAUUAAAUAAUAAAAGUGUGUUACUGUUUAUCUUUAGUAUACUAGGUUUUAGACUUUUAGUUGUUUAAUUAAUAUUAAUAUGAUAGGAUUAUGUUAGUGUUUUUUCUGUUUGGGGCCUGAAAAGAUGUAACAUAAGGAUUGUGCUUGUUUUACUAAAUACAUGUAAUUUUCAUU